ACUGUAACAGGAGAUGUCCCAGGCAGGGCCAGCCAGAGAGAGCCCUUCCUUCUUUGGAGAGGGACCCAGUGACCCCAAAUGUCUGUUCUCUGCAGCUCCAGCCACACCUCCCCUCCUUCCAGGGCCUUCUUCGCCCUCACCCUCCCUCUCUAGAGCCGGGAGCCUUUGCCUCCGCCCCCUCCGCAGGCCUCAACCCGGCUCUUCCUUUGUCGCAGCUCCGCCCCUCUGGGCACACCCGCUAAGGAAGGUUCCUCUGUUCCCUCCCCACUCUCCCUGGGUCUCAGCCUGCCCAGAUGGACCAUGGAAAAGCCAGGGUCCUCGCGGCUGGGCCCCGCUGCCCCUCCCUAGGAAUGUGGGCCUCGAAGGCAAGCAUCUCGAGGUACUCUGUGCCAACCCCCAUCAGCAGGACCUGGGCCAUGGUGAACGAGGCUCGAGGGAGCGGCGGCGGCAGCAGUGACAGCGAAGGCUCCAAGGACAGUUCGCGAUGUUCCACCCCUGGCCUGGACCCCGAGCGCCACGAGAGACUCCGGGAGAAGAUGAGGCGGAGGAUGGAGUCUGGGGACAAAUGGUUCUCCCUGGAAUUCUUUCCUCCUCGGACUGCGGAGGGAGCUGCCAACCUCAUCUCCAUGUUUGACCAGAUGGCAGGAGGUGGCCCCCUCUUCAUAGAUGUGACCUGGCACCCAGCGGGGGACCCUGGCUCAGAUAAGGAGACGUCCUCCAUGAUGAUCGCCAGCACGGCUGUGAACUACUGUGGCCUGGAAACCAUGCUGCACAUGACAUGCUGCCAGCAGAGCCCAGAGCAGAUCACGGGCCACCUGUACAAAGCCAAGCAGCUGGGCAUCAAGAACAUCUUGGCACUGCGGGGAGACCCCAUAGGUGACCAGUGGGAAGCAGAGGAAGGAGGCUUCGACCAUGCCACAGACCUGGUGAAGCACAUCCGAGGCGAGUUUGGUGACUACUUUGACAUCUGUGUGGCAGGUUACCCCAAAGGCCACCCCGAGGCAGGGAGCUUUGAGGAGGACCUGAGGCACCUGAAGGAAAAGGUGUCCGCAGGCGCCGACUUCAUCAUAACCCAGCUCUUCUUUGAGGCCGACACCUUCUUCCACUUUUUGAAGGCCUGCAGCGAGAUUGGCAUCUCCUGCCCCAUCCUCCCCGGGAUCUUCCCUAUCCAGAGCUACUCCUCCCUCCGGCAGCUUGUGAAGCUGUCCAAGCUGGAGGUGCCACAGGAGAUCAAGGACGUGAUUGAGCCGAUCAAAGACAAUGACGCUGCCAUCUGCAACUACGGCAUCGAGCUGGCCGUGAGCCUGUGCCAGGAGCUUCUAGCCAGCGGCUCGGUGCCAGGCCUCCACUUCUAUACCCUCAACCGCAAAAUGGCCACCACCAGUGUGCUGAAACGCCUGGGCAUGUGGACUGAGGACCCCAGGCGUCCCCUCCCAUGGGCCAUCAGCGCACACCCCAAGAGACGAGAGGAGGACGUGCGCCCCAUCUUCUGGGCCUCCAGACCAAAGAGCUACAUCUACCGCACCCAGGACUGGAACGAGUUUCCCAAUGGCCGCUGGGGCAAUUCCUCCUCGCCAGCCUUCGGGGAGCUGAAGAACUACUACCUCUUCUACCUGAAAAGCAAGUCACCCCGCCAGGAGCUGCUGAAGAUGUGGGGUGAGGAGCUCAGCAGCGAGGAGAGUGUCUUCGAAGUCUUCGCACACUACCUCUCAGGGGAGCCGAACCAGUACGGCUACAAGGUGACCUGCCUGCCCUGGAAUGAUGAGCCCCUGGCGGCUGAGACCAACCUGAUGAAGCAGCAGCUUCUGCGCGUGAACCGGCUGGGCAUCCUCACCAUCAACUCCCAGCCCAACGUCAACGGGAGGCCAUCCUCCGACCCCAUCGUGGGCUGGGGCCCGAGUGGGGGCUACGUCUUCCAGAAGGCCUACCUGGAGUUCUUCACCUCCCGAGAGACAGUGGAGGCACUCCUGCAGGUGCUGAGGAAGUACGAGCUGCGGGUCAAUUACCACAUUGUGGAUGUGAAGGGUGAGAACAUCACCAAUGCCCCCGAGCUGCAGCCCAAUGCCGUCACAUGGGGCAUCUUCCCGGGGCGAGAGAUCAUCCAGCCCACAGUGGUGGACCCCGUCAGCUUCAUGUUCUGGAAGGACGAGGCCUUUGCCCUGUGGAUCGAGCAGUGGGGCAAACUGUAUGACGAGGAGUCCCCAUCCCGCAUGAUCAUCCAGUACAUCCAUGACAACUACUUCCUGGUCAACCUGGUGGACAACGAGUUCCCGCAGGACAGCUGCCUGUGGCAGGUGGUGGAAGAUGCAUUCGAGCUGCUCAACAGGCCCGCUGGGCUUGUGAGGGAGGUGGAGGCAUCAUGACCUGCAUCCGCCCCUCCCGGUCCUGACUCUCCCUUGUGCCCAAGCCCGCUGCCCACGUGAGGGCACUGCCCAUGCUGCACUGGUGUGAGGCUGCCAGGCUCUGGCCGGACUGGAGUGGGCCCCCGUGGGAGCCUGGUGCUCCUGUGCAAGGCAGGAUCUCAUGCUCUGUCGGUGCUGCAGGGGACCACAGUAGAUGGCACAUCUCCAUCCCUGGGAAGAGAAAGACACUGGUUUUGCAACUGAGGCUCUGGAAGCCAGCGAACUUGUACUCUGGGCCCCUGCAGGAUGAGCAGGGCAAGCAUGGGCAGCAGCAGCCCCUGUGGGAUUGAAGAGUGAAAUACCACCUUCUGGGAGCUGGCAGCAGGGCCCCAGGACCUGUGACUGAAGGGCAAGCCACUGCCCUGCCUUCUGCUCUGCUGGCCACAGCACCGAGCCCUGGGAUGGUCCUUGGGCUGGCACCUGGCAUAAAAGGACGUCUUGGCAUCUUCUGCCUGAGACCUCAGCUGGGUAUAUCCUUCUCCAGUGCUGUUCUUUAAAACAGCUGCCUGUGCUUUCUGGUGGCCAGAGACUAAGUGCCCCUUAAGGGCUAACAGCAGUCCCAUCCCUCACACUUGGUGGGGCCCCUGGCUUUCCCGUCUGUCCCAGUAACCGUCAGGCAAAGAUGACCCGGCUGACAGGGACUCUAGCUUGGCCCGGGACAGUACAUAGCCCCUCUUGCGGACUUAUUUUUAGGCAGGUGCUCCUGCCAGCUGAGUCCUGGCACCCCUCCCAGGAGUUAGUCCGAGGUACUGGCAGGCUGCUGCUGUCCUGGAAGCCAGCCUGUUGGCUUUGCUGGCCCAGCGGGGAGACCUGCAGCCAGUGGGUCCCUCUGCCUUCCUGGUGGAGGCACAACUUUUAGGAGACUUCAAGAGAAGCAGCGAGGACCAAGGAGGCCUUUAUUGUACUUGGGCUCCUUGCACUGUCGCUGUAUUCUGUGGAUGCGUUCCUCUCCUGCACUGAGUCCUGCUCUGUAGUCCACGGGAGCAAGUCAGGCCUGCAGCUGGGAGCCUGCCCGGCCCCAUGCCCUCCACGGGGCUUGGUCCCUGCUCCCGGGAUCCCUGGUGUCCCGCCUGCCCAGGGCCUCGGCUGCUGGGGGCUCCUGUCCUUGGGCUUCUGGCUGCCAGGUGCUGGUGCCACCUCUCAAAGGCCUGGAAUUAGGAAGGGACAGGAAAGGCCCUCAUCUGGGGUAUCCUCCAGGGCCUUGCUGUGCCUGGCUCUCAGUCCCUGUGGAGGCUCCACUCCUUGCCCUAGGCAGCAGGGCCAAACACACAGGCUCAGAAUAGACCUCAAAUGUGACCUGGGAAGCCUUGCUCCAAGCAGUGAAAAGGAACAGCGUGCUGGCCCCAGGUAGCCACUGUGCCACAGGUCAAGCCUUGUUCCCAGUGAUGGGGACAGUGGCUGAGCUUGUGGCCACCCGUCAGGUCCAGGGUUCUACCACUCAGGCUGCACGUUCACCUCCCCAGAAGGGAAGACCCUCCACCUGCUCAGCAGUGUCCAGUGGUGCCCCGGAUUGGAAGGCUGGCACCGGGGCCACUGCCUACCUGGGAAAGGACCCAGCUGUCUUCUCGCUGCUGUAUCUGCCUGGCCACUCGCAGCUGCAGUACUUGCCGUCGCCACCACCUCCAGGCCUGUCCCAGGUGCCACUGCCGGAGCUGUGGGCGGAAUGACAAGAGGAGCCCCCUUCACCAUGCUCCCCAGCAGCCCAGCCCUCUGCCUGUCCUGCAGCUCUGACACCGCGGUGAACAGGACAUGAUGAAGCAGUGUCCACAAGGUGCUGUUCCUAGAGUCAGAGGAGGCCAAGAUGCAGCGAGGCUGUCUCAGAGUGUGGGGUGGGGAGAGCCUGCCAAGCCCACUCACCAGGCUCUGGGACAGCUGUGCGGCCCCUUGAGCACCUGCCCAGCACUGCCACAUCACCCUCAGGUGCCUGACCCGCUGUGAGGCCUGGAAUCUGCAGAGCAGAACUUCAAGGCGCCAGCGCCAUGGGUACUUCCUCCUGGUGGCCAAGGCAUGGUGACCUCAUCGAGGCCAGCGAGCAGGGCUGAGCCUGGGCCCUGUGGGAACGAGCCCUGGCCAGAGGGGCCCCGGGCCACUCCCUCCCUCCCCAGUGUGCUCACAACUGCCCUACCCCAGCCUGCUUGAAGGACUCUCGCCUUGGGGGGCUCUGGUCUCAGAUCCACGGAGCCCUGCUGCUAUGGGGGCCCAGCUACUGCGACCAGGCCACUGCAGCCAUAGCUGGAGGACAGGCCCGAGGGGACAGUCCCUGUGGCCUGAAAAGGGGCAUUAGGGCAGGAGAGGUUAGCACAUUGCUUCAGGGCAGCAACUGCUCCCUCAGUGCCAGCCAGAGUUGACCGCCACUGCAGAGGCGGUAAAUAGUGAGAGGCCUGGGCCCUCCCCCCACAACAUCCCCAGGACUUUGGCUGCUGCCCCAGAGAAUAAUAGGGUGGGAAAGGAACUGCAGCCCAGCUUAGCCAGAUUAGGUGUGGGGGGGAUUGAUUUCCAGGCCCUCUAGGGCUGGCAAUGUCUCACCCACCCCUGCCCCUGAGACACCCAGGGUCUGGGUCUCCUUACACUGAGCCCCAAACGCUUCACCCUCUGGCCUUUGUCCACUGCAGUUGUGCUUUGGCCUGACCAGUGAGGCCCCCGUGGCCUGUGUCCAGUGGCUUUGUGUCUAAAUGACAAGCGAGAAAAAACCUGAGCCAGGGCGUUGACCGGCUGGGGCCCCGCUGUCCUGCCCGCCCGCCAGUAAGACCCCCUCUCACUCGCUUGUGCACACAAGUGGGAGGGUCCACCUCACCCCAAGCCUUCCUGGGAGCCUUGAGCCCCCCAGAGGCAGGAAAGGUGCUCACGGGUGUGUAGCCCAUCUUCCUAACCGCUGAAGAUGUCCCCUCACAGGAGGGAGCCAGUAAAAGCUCACCGGGGCCAGGAUCAGCCCUGAGCAGUGGCCCUCACUGUCCCCACUUAAGCUUCACAAGAUUGAGUGAUGAGAUCUGCGCCUCCAGUAUACAGGUGGGGGACUCUGCCACCAAGAGAUGGCCUCCCACCUGCCUGCGUCCCCAGGUGAGGGCUGCCUGUGUGCGUGUGCUCCUGUGGCUGAGGGGAGGGUGACACCCUCAGCCCCAGGGUGUGGUGUUGCUAUCGCCAUUGAUCCAUAUGUAAAUUCUGAGAAGCCCUGAAUCUUGUGUCUCAGUUGCAUUGGAAAAAAAAAAAGCAACGAACCACUUGAGCAUUUUUUUCUCAGACUCUAAACUCAGCUCUCUGGCAUUCUGAAGAGGCCAACUGACCUUGGGAAACACUACUUGGUCCCCCUUCACUGGGCUCUGAGUGACGGUCCCCAGACUCCUGUGCAGUGUUGUGUUUUCUUAUCCCUGGCUGAGGUGGUGGCCUCUUACCACUGAUUGCCAGUGUCAGAACCGACAGCUUCAGAUUUGUGGAGGGACUGAUGAUUACUUAUGAAUAGAGAAAAUGAUACGACUUUUUUACUUUUAUAUUUUGAUUUUUUUUCUGUAAUGAGCAUAAAUUUUCCAAUUAAAAAAAAAC